UGCCAAUAUAUAGCUGGAAACCAACGAUGUCUGAGUGUCCCUCAGGCUUUUGAGACCAAGAAGAGAGUAAAGAGAAGCUCUUCACAAUGGCACCAAAGAAGGCCAAGAAGAAGGAAGCUGCCAGCUCCAAUGUAUUUAGCAUGUUUGAGCAGUCACAGAUCCAGGAGUUCAAAGAGGCUUUUACCAUCAUGGACCAGAACAGAGAUGGCUUUAUUGACAAAAACGACCUGAGGGACACAUUUGCUGCUUUGGGACGUCUCAAUGUUGGCAACGAUGAGCUUGAUGAGAUGCUAAAGGAAGCCUCCGGCCCUGUUAACUUCACCGUCUUCCUCACCAUGUUUGGAGAGAAGCUCAAAGGUACAGACCCUGAGGAGACUAUUCUCAAUGCCUUUAAGAUCUUCGACCCAGAGGGCACAGGAAUCCUUAAAGGAGAAGAGAUCAAAUAUCACCUUAUGUCCCAGGCAGACAAAUUUACUGAGGCUGAGGUAAACCAGAUGUUCACAAACUUCCCCUUGGAUGUGGCUGGCAACCUGGAUUACAAAAACCUGUGCUACGUCAUCACCCACGGAGAGGAUAAGGAACAGGAGUAAAAACUACAUUUCCCAUGUUUCUCCAUGUUUGUUCAUGUCCAUUUGUGUGUUGUCUUCUCCUUAAGCUCUGUACCCGCCUUUUGUCAAUAAAGAGAAAAAAAAGAUUUUUCCCAUAAAAUUUAAUUUCAAAAAGUCAAAGCAAAAUAUUUAGAUCUCAAUACCGUAAAAACAUUACCGUGGGAAACCUUUAAACACUUCUUCUUUCUUAACACAACAAGAAGAAAAAGCCCAAGAUUCGGAAAGAUUUCGUUCCCUCCCGAGGGGAUUACAAAAGCUCAAGCGCAACAAUAAGCUUAAAGCCACACUGGCGUGUUGAACGGUGCUCUGCGAACAAGGUCAACAGGGCCUUUUGUCUCUCCAGCUAUUCACUGCAGCCCUAUUAAUAGCAGCCCUUGGUGUGUUCUGCCAUUUUGGGUUUUCAGCGAGUCAAUGAUAGGCUCUAUGAAUAAGAACAGGUGAGCAGAGGUGUAAACACAAUUUAUUGUGGUAGACGUUGCACUUUCUAUGCACACAAAUGGCCGAAUUUGGUUUUAAGGUUCUGUUCUAGUCUAUUUUUUGUUUGCUGUGAGUAUUGAGAUAGGAAUGUUUUAAUACAAAGCCACUGCUAUAUAUAAUUAUGUGCAUGAAGGUCAUUAUAGGUCAUCAAUCAGAAAACAAAAAGGAAAUGACAAGAACUAGGCCUUUUUUGUUUUCUGUAAAGUCUUUGACAAAACAUUUAUUUUCAGCUUGAAUGACUGUGGUAUUAAAUCAUUAUUCAUGCCACAUAAAACUCAUUAAGAAAUGAA